CAUCGCCUAUGAGCCCCUCUCAAAUUUGCUCCGUCGGCGCUCCGAUCCGGACUCUUUCUGGGGAAAACUGCCGCGCAACUUGAAUCAGUCACCCCAUAAGUGCUCACAACGCCUCCUUUUGCUCUUCCCUCAUUUCUUUCACCUCAUCUACUCGCCCAAUUUCCUUCCUAUUUCCUCCCCGGAUACCCAACAGCUGCACAAUGGCUCCAUCGGAAGACGUAACCGCCAUCCGGCCAUCCCACGCGCACUCUAAGAAGCGCACGCUCGAAACCGCCAGCGUCUCCGAGUCAUCGACCAGCAGCGACGAUUCCUCGCGCAAGAAGAAGCGCCGCGACCGGAAGGCGCUUAAGAAGAAGGCCUCGGAAUCUAGCCUCGCCGUUGCCGUCAACGGCGCCCGCUCCAGCGCCUUCGCGAAGCGCCGCAACAGCCUGGGCAAGGCCGCGCGCGACCCCCGCGACGAGCCCGUGAGCAGGAAGGGCCAGUCCGCUGCCAACGGCUCGUUCGUGAGUUCGGCCAACCCAGUCAUUGAUGACGAUGGUCUCAGCCGACCGAGCACCGGAACCCGCGAGCGACUAGAAGACGAUGAUGAGAAGGCCGAGCAACGGCUGGUCAAGAUGCGCGGCGCCGUACGGACGCUGCUCGAGUGCGUCGGCGAGGACCCGGACCGCGAAGGCCUGCUGGACACGCCUUCGCGUUACGCAAAGGCGUUGCUUUUCCUCACCAAGGGCUACCAGGUCAAUGUCGACAGCAUUAUCAACGGCGCUCUCUUCCACGAGGGCCACAACGAGAUGGUCAUUGUCAAGGACAUUGAGAUCCACAGCUUGUGCGAGCACCACCUGGUGCCCUUUACCGGCAAGAUGCACAUCGGCUACAUCCCCUCCGACACCGUCAUCGGCCUUUCCAAACUCCCGCGCAUCGCCGAGAUGUACGCGCGCCGCCUCCAGAUCCAGGAGCGCCUGACCAAGGAGGUGGCCCACGCCAUCAUGGAGAUCCUCAAGCCCCAGGGCGUCGCCGUCGUCAUGGAGUCCAGCCACCUGUGCAUGGUCAUGCGCGGCGUCGAGAAGACGAGCACCACCACAAUCACCAGCUGCGUCCUCGGCUGCUUCGAGCGCAAGAGCAAGACUCGCAACGAGUUCCUCAGCCUCGUCGGCGUCAACCGGUAAGAGCCCGAUUGCUUCGCCCUUAGUGGAUGGAUGGAGAUGUGUGUGAUGAACGAACUAUGGUGAAUUGCCGAGCACUAUGAGGUGACGUGCCGCCAUGUGACAUCGUCUCGAUUGAUUCCGUCGGCUUUUUGAUCCCUUCUUUUUCUCCUUUUGCAUUUCCACGGCGUUUAUUGGGAGAUUGGGCAUCGCUUCUUUUGGGGGUCCUGGGGCGAGAGACCAUGUAUUCAACAAUUUGGGUCUUGUUUCAACAGUAACUUGGGUGGGUGUGGUUGGUUUGCAGCCGCGAGAGAAAGCUUCUUCUCCCAUAUUAGACGGAUUCCGGGCUCAACGCCCAGGAGAACAUACAAGUAGAUUCUUCUUGACUUAGUACAUCUUGACAAAAUAUUGCAUUGUACGAUUUCCGAGUUGCUUAUGGAAGUCCGACGAAAAGUCAACACUUCAAAAGA